AUGAGCGCAGCAGUGAGCCGCCAAAACUCAAGGAAGCCACCCGGCCCUGGGGAGGCGGCGAGGGAAAGGGAGGACAAAAAGAACGGGAAGACGGAUGCACAAGAAAAAACAGGAGAUAGCAGAGCGGCCUCUCCAGCAGAAACCCCGAGAGAGAAUAAACCGAAGACAAAUGCUUCACCGUCACCUGCCGAGAAGCUCUCCCCUCGAACGCCUCGAAGAGGAAGCAGUAGCAUCACCGACGCCCCGAAGAGGAAACCAACAUACCUAGGAAGUGAAUUGAAGGGGCCUCCUCCUGCACCACUCUCUGCAUAUGACCAGAGAUUGCAAUUUGCUCUGAAACGGUUGUCUUUGUGGGACGCGGAGCCGGGAAAAGAGGAAGCGCGGGGCAGAAAUCACUUCAGGGCUCCCGCCAACGGCAGUUCUCCCCCCGAGUUCGUAGUCAGCUUAACUGCAAACUGGCCGGAUUGUCAGGCGCUCUGCAGCUUCAUGGUUGCAGACUUGGGCUCUAAAGUCGCCCUUUGGACCGUCGAGACCCCUACCACUCCCGCAUCAUUUCUUGUGUAUGACCCAAGGAGAAGAAGACUCGAAGAGGAGAAAGGGAGCGGAGAGCAGCCGCAAGCAGCGCUGGGCGUGUCUCUGACGCCAGCCCGCAUCAGGGACAUUAGAGGGGUUUUCGUGUUUGGGGGUCGUUCUCAUGAGGGGGAGAUUGUAGACGAUUGCUUUUUCUACAACGCGGCGAGCCGCAAGUGGUCAAAGGUGAAGUGUCAAGGAGAGAAACCGCCCAAGCGCUGCUUUCAUGCUGCAGCCUUCUCUGCCAAGACCCAGUCACUUUAUGUUUUUGGGGGUCAAGGAGAGGACGGAAAAGCUCUGGCGGGAACUUGGAAAUUAGCAGGGGGAAAGGAGUGGAAGCUGCUUGGAAAUCAGGACGAUCCACCUCCCAGGACGCAUCACACCCUGAGCCUUGUUGAGGGGGCCACUACGGGAGAGAAUCUGGUGCAGUUUGGGGGGUUAGUGGAUGGAGCAGACACUAAUGACCUUUGGAUUUUGCCGCUCGGCUCUAAGAAGCCAACAUGGCACUGCAUAGGAGAUGCGUCAGGAACACCGCCUGCAAAGCGCCACGGGCAUUCGGCUACUGUUGCAGGUCCUCGUUGCUUUAUUUUCGGUGGACUUGGAAAGCACUGGCUGGGAUGGGAAGUUUCAUACUUCGAUAUGAAUGCAUUCGACAUUGAAGUGUCUAGUUGGUUUUCCGUUAAUUUGCUUUCUCCCUUCGCCAACCUGCCUUCUCACAGCCUUGCAGUGGCCACGGGAGAUCCAAGCACAAUGCUGCACGUCUUUGCGUCGGGGGAGAAGAGUUGGAAAGACGGUGCCAUUUAUCGUUUGGCUGCUGUGUGCAGCACUUUAGAUAUGUCGACCUUUGCUCAGGGCCUCCGCCUGGCGAAAGUGGUUUCAGCAGAUAACAGGAAGCGACAAGAGGAGCUGCGGCUGGCAGUAGACGAGCUGGUAUCCUCUGCAAAAGAGAAAGAAAGCGUAGUUCAUUCUCACACCAACCAAACAAACGAACUGGAGGGAGAGUGGGAAUCGCUCCUCCGCCGUAUCAGCGACACCCACAGUGAUCUCCUGAAAAAGGUAAUAGAGGCGCAGGAGUUGGAAGCCAAGACAGCGACAAUUGUCUCCGAGGCAGCAACAAGAGAGGCAGAAGCUUCUCAGAGAUGCGACGAACUGCAGCGGCAACUAGAAUAUUUUCAACUCAGACUGGAUGAAGUUGAACAGCUCUCGGGAGCUGCAUCAUCUCGGCAGCAGUCUUCAGAUGCUGACGCACAAGAAGACCAAUAG